AUAUUCCACAAUCAUGCCCGAUUCACUCGAUUCGUUAACGUCGUAAUAUACCGUAUCAACGGAGAUACCUCCAAAGGGACACACACAUAACAAAACGUUUACCCCGUGUUCUCUAAUACAUACUUAUAUCCUCUUUUUUUCUUUUCCUUCUUCUUCAACCAUCAUCAUCAUGUUUCAAUCUUCUACUCUAUGCAAACUUCCAGCUGAAAUAUUCGAGAAUAUAGUUCUAGAGCUCAUUUCACUCGACUCGACUUCAUCCACUUCUGCCAUCGUACCCCUCCUCCAAACUUGCAGACACAUAAAUCACAUCCUAGCUUUUCAAAAAAAUACUCAUCUAUAUUCUCGCAUCUUUCGUUCAAGAUUCGACUCGGCAGCUUCCGCUAGAAGACUUGGAGCUCGUACACACCAUUCACGCCAUCUCGCUCACCAGUUAGCCUGGUAUUGCUCAGCUCUAAAAUGCAUCAGACGCGCCAACAUAUACGAUAAAGGACUCCUCGAUGCAUUUUGGGCUUGCUUCGCACUCAUGUCUGAGAAUGACGGAAAGAACCGCCAGCACCUCGAAGCAGCGGGUCUUCCAGAUUUCGUGGACGAGUUCGUUCGCAAACGCCUUUACGAGAACAACACAUCCACCAACGGCUGGCCUGAUGAAUCUCCCAUCAAUUGUCUCGCAUUGUGGUUGUUGUGGUUCACGAGUACAGAAGAACGUCUCAAGGCUGAGACUCCUGCCCGUCGCAAUGAGUUAAUCAAGCUCGUCCUUCCUUUCGUCAUCGUACCCUUUCGCUACCCAUCCGCUUGUGCUCCUCACAACCACUUCAUCAUGCCCCUCACUAACAAUUCAGACGGUCACUUGCGUCAGUCUGUCCUCCCCGCUCACGGCGCCUUCCCACUCUACCGCUCUGGCACUGCUCACACGACUCACUUCUAUGAUCGCCUCGACCUCGAAAUCGGUAUCCCACUCGCAUCCACCGCCGCUAAACUCAUCUUUUUCUCCCGCCGUCAAGUCACACCCAUCGGCAUCCCAAUACAUCUCCCUCUAACCCGUCAACACGCCAUUCAACUCGGCUUUGGUGACCAAAUCGGUCCCACUCAGGAAGACGUCCACGAGCUCAAUCAUCACCGUGUCGUCAACCACGUUCCUGCUACUCCCUGGGACGACACCGAUGACGCCGCUGAAGCAUCUCCUAGUUCGAUCCAGGAUGACGACUGGUACCGUCUCACAGAUUGCAUUUACCCAAUGGAAAAAUCCUCCCUGAAGAACACUCAUUACACAUAUGGCUCUGCAACAGGACUCUGGCAAGGCCGUAUACUCGUACCAACCGAUAACGCCUUCGCAACUAUCCUCCAAAACGUCCAGAUGCCCGAAGACUUUACAGAACAGCAGUUAUUCCUCAACGCUGCCCCCCUCUUCAUGCGCCUCCGCGAAUACCACUGCGUCGACCCACAAGACCCCGUACCAACCGGUGGUGCCAACGACGGCUUCGACGAUGGUAUCUCAAACGCCUGGAUCCCAGCUGGCGUACAAAUUCGUGAAGACAUCCAAGAAGGCAAGCUCAUGCUCCAGCACCACGGCCGCGUGCACAAAUACGAGGCCUACCGUCCAGGAUUCUCAAAUUCCCAUGACGAGGCUACGUGCCGUGGAUGUCAAUUCCGCGGGACGUGCGAUAUUAUUUAUCGGGAGCAUGAUGAUCAGUUUUUGGCGGAACGGUCCCCUCAGGAAGAGGCUGUCGUUGAGGAUGAUGGGCUAUUUUUGGAAGAUGCCGCUGCUCGUUAUGACGCGAUCAUCGAUAAUGUUUUUCGUCAAAAAGACGAUGAGGCUAUGGACGAAGACACCGACAGCGCUUCAGUCGCUGAAGACGACGAUGAAGACGAUGACGAAUAUUGGGUUCAACGUAAAUGCAAUGGCGUUCUCGAUAUCGCACUUAUCGGCGAGACGGACUUCAAUCAUGGCCAAGCAUGGAACCACUACAAAUUCUACGGGCGCGUACGCGAAUGGGACGGACUCGUCGCCCUAGUCCGUAUCCCCGCCCAACCCCAUCUCAUAGCCCAAGGCCUCGGUAUCUGGGUCUUCAGCGGCUACAUCGUCGGCGGGCGGAACUUUGUGGGUACCUGGCGGGCUAUAGGUGGCGCGGAUCCAGGUCUUCCGACGCUUGAAAGUUCAUUCGCUAUGACUCGCCGGGAAGAAGUUUUGUCAUGACCGUGGUCGUACUCAUAAUGGCUAUGAUUAUGACCCUGCGCGGACCCUGGUCUUCUAACGCUUGAAAGCUCAUUCGCUAUGACACGCCGGGAAGAUGUCCAUUCAUCACAUCACAUCAUGACCGCACCCAUACACAUACCCAUAAGCGUACCCAGAACCAUAACCAUAAUUUUUUUCGAUUUCGGUUUCCACGCUCACGCUCUAUCGCCCUGUACA